AUGAAGGGCUCCAUUUCCACUUUAUUUCUACUCUCUGUGCUAUUUGCCAUGCCAGAAGUGAGGAGCAGCGAGACGGUGAAGCUCUGUGGGCUACAGUACGUAAGGACCGUUAUCUACAUCUGCGCCAGCUCUAGGUGGAGGAGACACCUGGAGGAACUCCCUCAAGUUCAACAAGAGAGAAGAAACUACUUUCAACUCCCAAACAGACAUGAGGCUUACCAGGAAAACAUAGUACAUAGCCUUCCCAAUGUGGAUUUCUCAGGAGAGGAACAUAUUCAGGAUAGACAGAUGCCCACAGAAGGGCUUUCAGAGUCAAAGGAGCAUUCAGUGAUGUCAAGACAAGAUUUGCAAACUCUGUGCUGCACUGAUGGCUGUUCCAUGACUGAUCUGAGCACCCUGUGUUAA